AUGCAGCUAUCACGGGUGCUAGGAAAUGUAGCAAAGAAAUUGAAGCCUGAAAACAAACAAACCACGCGUCUAAAUGAAUACAGGCUAAUCAUUGGCCUGGAGAUCCACGCCCAGCUCAACGCAUCCGUAAAGUUAUUCUCCAAUUCCUCAGUUGGGAGUGAGCAAUCUGAGCCCAACACACAUGUGACGCCAUUCGAUGCAGCAAUCCCGGGUACUUUGCCUAAACUGAACCAAGAGCCCUUAUCGAAAGCACUGAGCGCGGCAGCAGCACUGAACUUUACGAUAAGCCGCACGUCCAGUUUCGACCGCAAACACUACUUGUACUACGACCUGCCACAGGGCUAUCAGAUAACGCAGCAGUACAAUCCUCUAGCCCACUCCGGCCACCUAGCCCUGCACGCCCACCGCGACGACGUCACCCGCGAUUUCGCCGUUGCCCUCCCCCGCAUACAGCUCGAGCAGGACACAGGCAAGGCGCACCUGCACACCCGCACACCGACGCUUACGCCUCUCGUCGAUCUCAACCGCUGCGGCGUCGCACUCGUCGAGAUUGUAACGCGGCCAGACAUGCAUUCCGCCGAGGAAGCCGUGGCGUUCGUGAAGAAACUCCGCUCUACCCUGCGCGCAGCUGGCGUGUGUAGCGGCCACAUGGAAGCGGGCAAUCUGCGCGCGGAUGUGAAUGUGAAUGUGGAGUAUGCAGCCACACCCACAAUUAGGACGGCGCGGGUGGAGGUAAAGAACCUCAACUCACUGCGCAGCAUGGCGGGGGCGAUACAGUAUGAGUACGAGCGCCACGCGCGCGCGCUGGAGGACGGUCGCGGGGACGCUAUACAACAGGAUACAUUGGGGUGGGAUGUGCAGCGUGGUGCGACGUACAAACUGCGUAGCAAGGAAGAAGCAGUCGACUACCGUUAUAUGCCCGACCCUAACCUGCGCGAGGUGAUUGUGGGCGAUGAGCAGAUGGCUAGCGUGCAGGAAUACCUGCAGCAGUGCGCCCCAUUCCUGCCGGAUGCUCUCCGCGACCGUCUCAUGCAGACUUACGCACUCAGCGCACGCGAUGUUAACGUCCUCCUUGCCGUGAAUGAGGAUCUGUGGGCGGGCGAUAGUCGCAGGAGUCUAGGCAGUGGCGGUGGCAGUGCCAGUCACGAUCACGCUCACGUCAACACACAAACACCAAAACCACCGUCCAUCGUCCGGUUCUUCGAACACCUCGCUCACCUCUCCGCUGACCCGCAACUGGCUGUGAAUUGGACUAUACACGAGCUCCUCGCGCAAUUUGCCGCACGCGCGUCGCCGUUCGACGAGACCACCAUUCCUGCACACCGCUUACACGCCCUACUUGCUCUUAUACAGACCAGCCAGGUCACUUCCACCGCCGCCAAGAAAGUGCUCGCGCACAUGUUCGACAGUGACAAAACACCAGCUACGAUAGUAGACGAGUUGGACUUGCGCAUGCUGCCGGUACAUGUACUUGACGACGUCGUUCAGCGCACUAUUGAAGACCUCCCCGAUGAAUCUACGAAAGCUAGCCAAGGUAACACUAAAGUAGUACGUAAGCUCAUCGGGCAUGCUAUGAAAGUCGCACGCGGUAAGGCGGAUGGAAGCCGCGUUGAGAAGAUGUUGCGCGAUAGGCUGGGUAUACAGUGA